AUGGCGAUUGAAGCAGGCCAGUGUCCAUCCACAACCUGGCUUGUGGAACUUGAACAAACCCUUCAAAACCCUGAAGGGUUCAUUCACGAAACUGCUGUGCAGGUUCCUUCAAAAGACUUCUUUUAUCCUUUACCAGCUGGAACUAAUGUCCACUCAGCAAGCUGCAUGCUGAGUGGACGGUCUGGCCAAUUACCUCAUCUUAUGCCACUUGUAAUUAUAUAUUCCAGAGGCGACGGCCUUUCCCUAAGAUCCGGUCACAUAUAUCAAGCUACUGGUCCAUUUGUUUAUGAUGAGUUUUCGAGCCAUAUUGUGUUAGCAGUUAUACCUACAACACUCAUGGAUUUAGGACCGGCCGUGGGUCCUAAUGGCCCAUUCAUACCAAACAUUGCAACACCAGUUAGAAUAUAUGGUCUUGGAACACCUCUAGGAAGAAGACUAGGUGGAGGUAUACAUUAUAGAGGAGACCCUGGGGUUGGUGCCUUAGAACUUGAUGACUAUAAUGAGCACGCAGUGCAGAUUUUGUUUUCUGGAUACAUUGCUUCUUGGGAUUCAGACAAUCAGGAGCUAAUUGUACAGCCUUUUCCCCUUCUGGGUGUGACCAUGUUCUGUGAAGUCAUUUGGAAGAGUGGUCUUGUUCAAUGA